AUGCCUGCCUCUGUUGCCUCAGCGCCCGUGAGACGCACUCCGAACAAGGCCACCGCCGCGCGAAAGCCCGCAAGCACGGUCGGAAAGAAGUCGCAGAAUGCGACCAACGGCGCCGUAAAUGGCGCUCAGCAGCACGCUUCACCAUACACUAUCAUGGCAUCGCGCAUUGCGAACCGUGUCGCUGAGAUGGCCGAGAACAUGACGUUUAUCGAGCGCGAGAAGCCCAACACACAAUCACCUCCUCCCGCUGUCCAGUCACCGAAGCAGAAGAAGCCCCCGCGCAAGCUCGACAUCCGCGUGCCCAACAACGGCCAGUCGCCCACUAACAUCACCUUCUCCGCGCCUUUCCUCGACAACACGCUCUCCAAACUCUUGAAGCUCCAGAACAGGAUGCUAACGGUCAGCAACGACAUUGCCGCCAGCGAGGACGUGGACGAGCAGACCAAGCAAGAGCAAUUCGCGCAGAGCGCCGAAUUGUCGCGCAUCAUCGCUCUGAUCUGCGCAGAGAAGGCCAGACAGGGCGCAUAA